AUUUGUCUCAUUUCCUGCAUCUAGGCCCUGGUUUGUUCGAGGCGCAUUCCCAGCCCUCGAUUUUUGAUGCAAAACACCAGCCAUCUACGAGCCUCCCAACCUCGCAGCACGGGGUUUCCUUCAGAUAGCUGCGCAUUUAUUAUGGAUCUCAUUCUCCCUUGUAAGGCUUCGUUUUCUUUUUCUGUUGAUCAUCGAUUUGCAAUCCUCGCAGAUAUCGAGACUUGACUUUCAAGUGCCUCUCUAUCACUCCAUCACUAUGCGACUUAAUACUUCAAGCUCAACAGUGUUUGCUUUAUCGCUGUUUUCCUUGUCGACGCUCGCACUUCCAUUUGUUCCCCCAAAGGCUGCGUUGCUGGAACCCCUGGUUGAGAGGGCAACAUAUUCAGUCGUUCCGGUGGAUGGUGGUUCAGCAGCCUCAACCGGAACAGUUGGAUCACCAGCGGCGACGACAAUAGUGGAAACAACCAUAGCGACCCCUUCACCAACAACAAAGACGGUCACUGAGACUCAUACUCUUCCACCAAUCACCACUGAUAUCGUCUCGACGACAACCAUUGAGGGGCCAGAAAUUUCCAAGACUGUGGUUGUAUCCAUCACACCAUCUCCAGCAACAGUGACAACCACUGCAUACUCAACUGUCGAUGUCGACUCUCCUCCUGUCACUAUCGAAGUACCAGGACUAUCAUCUAGUCUUCCGACCUCGUCUUUGAGUUCGACCACGAUUAAUACCUUGAACCCGACGCCCACAAAACCAACAUCUCUUCCAACGCCCUCAAGCCCCAUAAUAGUGCCGACAACUACGACAUCAAUAUUGCCCCCCACCUCCUUAUCAACAAGUUUCGCGACAUAUGGCAACGCAACUAGCACCCCAGCGCUCUCGAGCGGUGCAGGUGCAGUGAUCACUCCAGCUUCUUCUAUUUCGCAGCUUUUGACGUCCACCACUGCGUCUAUUUCGACCUCGACGAAAACAUAUGAUAAUGGCCAAUGGCAUACAAGCUAUCCUUCCUGGUCAAACUCUACUUGGGCCACAUCUGCUGUCGUAUAAGCUUUUCAGCAACCCGGACCAGGUUGACAGUUUCAGCCCCUUGAAUGAUUGCGAGUCCCCUGGAUAGCAUGCCUGAGAUAGAUCUCAAAUACGUCUUCGGAUGAGGGGCCCUCCAAAAUACACCUAAGUCAGGUGUGACGAGAAUCACAGAAGCAGAGAUCAAGGUCAGGAAGAGGAAAUCUGGCUAAGAUGAUGAGAACGAUUGAAUGCCCGUCAAAUGAAAUUUUGUGUUAUGUACAUAUUUGGAUUGUACGAUUGUACUUCAGGAGGAGUUUAGAAACAGCAUACCAAGAGCUGGGAAUGCAGCAUCACAAAUAUUCAUUGGAAGGAAUUCGGUAUACGUGGGCUCGGACCCACGUAUACAAGAGUAAAG